UUUUUAUCUUAUAGUCUUUAAAUGGUUUGUUAUAGUCACUAACCACCUUUAUAGCCAAAAAAAACUCCCUCAAUACGCUCAUAUCAUUAUUCAGUUGGUAAACAAAAUUCUUAAAAUCAAAUCAUCGCAAAAGUAACAAACGCCGUUGUUGAGACUUUUGUUUUUUCUUAUACAGCUUUCCUCUACUCGUAACAAAAUAUCAAAAAGACCAGACACCAAUCAUUUUAAAAAAAAAAACCAUACCGUUAAAUUUUUUACGUUGUUUAGGGUUUUGUGUUCUUGAGAGAGAUGUGUCCUUUAAGGUUCAUCUUAGUGUUUUUCUCUGCUGUUCUGGCAGGUUACUUUGCAUGGAGAACAGUUAGUUUUUCACCAAAUAUUGAUUUGGCUUCUAAUGAGUCAACCGAGGAAGUAAGAUCAUUUUUGAAGAAGGAAGAUUUUGAUUUCAAAAAGAUGAUUCAAAAUGGAUUCUGGGUUUUCAUUGACAUGGCUAGUGGAAGGUAUCUAUGGAGAAACUUGAGGCAAACAAACAUGGAUGUAGAAUACUAGAAUUGAAGUGCUCAUAGAAUUAGAGAAUUGUGUUACAAAAUCAUAUAAAUUCUUGUAGAUAAAACCGACAAGGUCUAAUAGAGAGGUUGUCAAUCCAGCAAUUCCCAUAGUAUUUUUAGAGUCUAAAUCUAUGUGUAACCGUUGAGAUUAAUUUUUUCAAGGUAACUAAGUUUUAUUUACGGGUUGACUCCUCUCGACAUAUGUUUUUCAUUGGAAACAACCAGAAAUUAUUUCUAAAGAAUAUUUCUAUAUUUUGUUUA